CAAUUUUUAUUAUUUUUUGGAUAACUAUACAAAAUUAAAGUCUUUGCUCAUAAAAGAAAUUGAUAGUACUUUUCACAAUAGUCCAAAUACAAAAACAAUGCAAGUGUUAACAAAGAUGAAUGGAGCCUGUGGUAUAUCAAUACAAUGGAACAUUACUCCGACUUAAAAAAAAAAAAAAAAAAAAGGCACCCUGCUAUUCUGGGCAAAACCAGGGGACAGUUAUGGUAGGUCAAGCAAGGCUGGCACACACACAGCCACCACAUGAUCUCACUUAUAUGCAGAAUCUGAAAAAGUUCAAUUUUUAGACGAAUAAUAAAACACUCCUUGAACUAAAUUUUUAGUCUACCACUCACUCUGCCAAACCUUUUUAUUCCAGUUAAAUCUUAUUUCCAGGUAGCAGAAUGCCCAGUGAAAUCUGAAUUCCAAAUAAACAAUAGGGACUUUCUUUUUUAGCAUAUGUCCUAGAUACUGCACGGCCCAUCUAGAUACUAAACAAACAAACAACUCUUUGCUGUUUGUAUGAAAUCCGGCUGUAACCGGGGAUCAUUUACCUUUAUUUGCUCAACCUGGUAUUGCUAACUGGGGCUAGCGAAAGAGCAGCUGCUUCUGAACCCCGUCCCGGGGCAGAUGGAGGAGGCCGAGGAAGAUGAACGAGAUCGCUCCAGCCUCCCAGGAUUCAAAUCCAGCCUCGCAGAGAAUAAUCCUGGAGAACUUGGAGCGCAGCCCGGUUCCUGCCGCCUGGGAGGCGCUGGCCUCCAGCCCCCCGCGGCUGCGCGGCCCCACGGAUUCCUGCGGCCCAAGGGGAGUGCAGACCCCGAGCUUUCUCCGCGCCCUGGGCUCCGCGGCCUCCGCGCCUCCAUCCACCCACGGCCCGGCCGCGAACUUGCCCUGUGUUGGGAACGGUCCCGAGGUACCAUGCUGCCCCGAGGGGAACUGGCUCUUUACCUGCUGGCGUCCCUGGGCUUCCACUUCUAUUCUUUUUACGAAGUCUACAGAGUCUCCAAAGAACAUGAAGAGGAGCUGGACCAAGAAUUUGAGCUGGAGACGGACACUUUAUUUGGAGGAUUAAAGAAGGACCCAACAGACUUCGAGUGGAGCUUCUGGAUGGAAUGGGGAAAGCAGAGGCUGGCGUGGCUGCUGCUUGGCCACGUGGCGGUGUCUCAGGCCGCCGCGCUGCUGGUGAGGAAGCAUAGACCCUGGAUUCUCAUGGCCUACGGGCUGUGGGCCUGCUGGAGUGCGCUGGGGACCCCGGGCGUGGUCAUGGUUCUCCUGCACACCACCAUCGCAUUCUGCGUGGCCCAGUUCCGCUCGCCUCUCCUGUCCUGGCUCUGUUCACUCCUCCUGCUCUCUACACUGAGGCUGCAGGGUGUGGAGGACAUGAAGAGGAGGUGGUACCAGACCGACAGUGAGUACUACCUGCUGCAGUUCACGCUGACUGUCCGCUGCCUGUACUACACCAGCUUCAGCCUGGAGUUCUGCUGGCAACAGCUGCCUACUGUGUGUGCCGCCCACCCCUUUCCCUGGAUGCUGGUGUACGUCUUCUAUUAUCCCGUCUUCCACAAUGGGCCUAUCCUCAACUUCCCAGAGUUCGUCAAACAGAUGCAGCAGCCAGAGCUCUGCUCGCUGAAGGACAGCCUCUGUGUCCUCGCCCGAGGCCUGGGUCGCCUGCUGUGCUGGUGGGCGCUGGCUGAGCUGAUGGUUCACCUCCUGUACAUGCAUGCCAUCUACAGCAGCACCGUCCUCCUGCAGAACGUCAACUGCUGGACGUUAGGAGGACUGGCAUUGGCCCAGGUGCUCUUCUUCUAUGUGAAGUACUUAGUGCUGUUUGGUGUUCCAGCCCUGCUCAUGCGCCUGGACGGACUCAACCCACCACCUCUCCCUCGCUGCGUGAGCACCAUGUUCAGUUUCACGGGGAUGUGGAGGUAUUUUGACGUUGGACUACAUAAUUUCUUAAUCAGGUACGUGUACAUUCCUCUGGGUGGGUCUCAACGUGGCCUGCUGGGGACUCUGCUUUCCACUGCGAUGACAUUUGCAUUUGUGAGCUACUGGCAUGGCGGCUACAACUACCUCUGGUGCUGGGCUGCACUCAACUGGCUGGGAGUCACGGUAGAGAACGGGUUCCGGAGGCUCCUGGACACGCCCUGUGUACGGCAUGGUUUGGCCCAGCACCUUUCCCCACAAGCUCGCCGCCGGUUUCAUGCUGCCCUGGCAUCUUGUUCCACCUCGAUGUUGAUCCUGUUCAACCUGGUGUUUCUUGGGGGCAAUCAGGUUGGGAAAACCUACUGGGACAGGAUUUUCAUGCAAGGCCUAGGCUGCAAUGCAAGAGAGUGUGUCUCAGGAGGGGAGCCUCGUUUCCUCUGCAGCCUGCUGGCUCUCAAGAUUGAAAGAAGCUCCCCUUCUCCUGAGAAUGGCGUUUGCUUACUGUGGGGUGUUGCUGCUCCAUGGGACCAGAACAAGUCUGUCAAUCCAGCUGGAAGGACCCAAGGCUGCUGAGAGGGAAGCAGUGUUCUCAGCCCUCGGGAGAACUGAGUCAGCAGGCGCCCGCUGGGCACUGGGCUGGCCAUGGGUGACCCUCUCUGUUUUGGGAUUUCUGUACUGUUACUCCCAUGUGGGCAUUGCCUGGGCCCAAACAUAC